CUGCAGGUGUAUUCUCUCCCCCUGGUCCCAGCCUCAGUCUCACCUGUCGGCCUGCAGCCAUGCUGGAUGAGGCAGUCGGACUCGGCGCUGUGACCGUACUGGGAGUUCUGGAGCAAGCUUAUUUUUCCCUGCAGGUCAUUUAUGCCAGGAGGAAGUAUUCGGUGUCUCCGCCCUGCAUUAACGGACCGCCGGAGUUCGAGCGUAUCUUCAGAGCCCAAGCGAAUUGUUCAGAGUACUUCCCCAUCUUCAUCACCAUCCUGUGGAUGUCCGGAGUCUUCUUCAGCCAAGGCCUGUCCAGCCUCUGCGGCCUGCUCUACCUUUAUGGACGGCUGUGUUACUUCUGGGGCUACGCCCAGUCGGCUCAGGGACGUUUGGCUCCGCUCUACUUCAGCGCUCGGGUUCUGUGGGCUCUGAUCGGGUUCUCGGCCGUCGGCGUCUUCCUGUCGUUCUGCCGGGUUUACCUGGAGUUGGACCUGCUGCAGGCGCUUGGCCACGCCCUGUUCUGAUCCGGAGAGGACGAGGGUCUGCUGUGUGUUUCUGAUCCGGUUCCGAAAGCUUUUCCCAACUGCUGUGAAAAUGAAAACGGGUCAUUAAACAGAACCGCGCCGUUUCUUCAUUCAUGACUCGCUUGUCUCUCUGAACUUCAAUCAUUAUAGCCAAGUUCUGGUCGGUUCUGCUUGGUUCUGAUAGAACCUCCACUCUUUAGGUAAAAACUGGGACUUGGACUCAGAAAACGUUGACAUGAAUCAUUUACUGUCUGCUUUUUCUGCUUAACUUCACUAUCUCUUACCAUGAGAAUAAAUCUGCCAAUGAAUAAAAAGCUUCAUUAAAAUAA